GUACCCUGUCUCGGUCCUUCUUCCCAGAUGUCGCCGAGGGGCAGGGAGGGCUUGCUCACCCACCAGCCUCCCCGAGCCCACGCCUGCCACUGGAAUGAGGUCACUGGAAUGUCUUGGAACCAUGAGUGCAUGGGGCUGUGGGAGCCGCGCAGCAGCCUGCCGUGGGAAUGACGGCACCUCCCGCGCCCGGCCGUCUGCAGCGAAGAACAUUGCCAACAGUGAGGCUGUCACAUUUUCCGUGUGAACCCAAGUGGGAGGAUCCUUCAGCAGUGGCUUCUGGGGUUGGAGCCUGGGGCAGGUGGGGGCAGGAGGGGUUCCCGACUGGCUUCAUUCCUGGAAACUCAUGUGCCUUGAGGCUUUUUGUCCUGAAUUGAGGCUUGGUGGAGAAGGCAGAAGUGUCAACAGCUCCAGACCCGGUUCUUCCACUUCCAGCCCGGUGACCUUUGGCAGGUGACAUCACCUCUCUGUGCCUCUGCUGGCCCAUUUAGCUUUGGAACAUGUGCCCCUCUUGGUGAACUGACAGUGGUCUGUGUGUGUUGCCUGCUCCCAGCUCUUGCAUUCCUCAGUCUUGGUAACCAGAAUGUUCUGUGUAUUCAAGCUCACAACCAUCCAUGGGACAGGAAGCAACGUUGAGUACCUCGUGAUGCGUCAAGAUGCACCUGGGAAGACGGUGAGCCCUUGACACGACUGCUGCUCUCAAUCAGCGGCCACCGAAGCUCCCCGCAAGCAACCUGAAUCAUCUCAGAUCAGGAUGGGGGAAGUUUUAAAGUUCCCAUUAGACACAUUGAUGUCCCAAGCUUUGAAAAGAGCCCAGACGCCAAAGGCCAGAAUGCCAGAGCCUUGCCCACACUGGUGUGAUACUCUGGCCAGCGUCUAACAGCCACUGGGCUGUACCCUCUGCUGGGCCGAGUUCCACAGCAGUGAGAUGUCUUGGUAUCCCUCUGACUUGGGCAGGACCUUCCACCACCUGCUGGCUGUUGCCUGCGUGUUCCUCCCAUAGUCGAAUCCGGAGGUCUUUCUGCUGGGGUCUGGAUGGCUCUCAGCGGAGUGUUCCGGGACCACAGUCCUCCUCUGCGGGCAGGGCAGCUGUGAGAAGGAGCCACAUGUGUGGGAGUGUUCCAGAAGACGGAGACACUUAGCAUGUCCCCAUCAAACCAGUCGGCAGAAGGCCUGCCCCAGGAGGCUGCCAACAGAUCUCUGAACGCUACAGGGACCCCAGAGGCCUGGGACCCGGGGACCCUCCAGGCAUUGAAGAUCUCCCUGGCUGUGGUCCUUUCCAUCAUCACAGUGGCCACGGUCCUCUCCAACACCUUUGUCCUCACCACCAUCUUGCUCACCAGGAAGCUCCACACCCCUGCCAACUAUCUCAUUGGUUCCCUGGCCACCACCGACCUCCUGGUUUCCAUCUUGGUCAUGCCCAUCAGCAUCGCCUAUACCAUCACACACACCUGGAACUUUGGCCAAGUCCUGUGUGACAUCUGGGUGUCUUCUGACAUCACGUGCUGCACAGCCUCCAUCCUGCAUCUCUGCGUCAUUGCACUGGACAGGUACUGGGCCAUCACGGAUGCCCUGGAGUACAGUAAGCGCCGGACAGCAGGCCACGCGGCCGCCAUGAUCGCCGUGGUCUGGGCCAUCUCCAUUUGCAUCUCCAUCCCACCGCUCUUCUGGCGGCAAGCCAAAGCCCACGAGGAGGUGUCGGACUGCCUGGUGAACACCUCCCAGAUCUCCUACACCAUCUACUCCACCUGUGGGGCCUUCUACAUCCCAUCCGUGCUGCUCAUCGUCCUGUAUGGCCGCAUCUACAUGGCCGCCCGGAACCGCAUCCUGAAUCCGCCCUCCCUCUACGGGAAGCGCUUCACCACGGCCCACCUCAUCACGGGCUCGGCGGGCUCCUCGCUCUGCUCCCUCAGUCCCAGCCUCGGUGAGGGCCACUCGCACUCAGCCGGCUCCCCGCUCUUUUUCAACCCCGUGAGGAUCAAGCUCGCGGACAGCGUCCUGGAACGCAAGCGGAUUUCCGCUGCUCGCGAGAGGAAAGCCACUAAGACACUGGGCAUCAUUCUGGGGGCCUUCAUCGGGUGCUGGCUGCCCUUCUUCGUGGCGUCUCUGGUCCUGCCCAUCUGCCGGGACUCCUGCUGGAUGCCCCCGGGCCUCUUUGACUUCUUCACCUGGCUGGGCUACUUAAACUCACUCAUCAAUCCCAUCAUCUACACUGUGUUUAAUGAGGAUUUUCGGCAAGCAUUUCAGAGAGUGAUCCAUUUCCGGAAAGCCUUCUAGUCGUCUCAUUGGCGGUUUACCUUUUGCGUCCUGUCCGCACCCUGCUGGGGUGUCCUUUCUGGUUUUCCCGACUUGGGUUUGUUCUUGAUCUCUUGGGUUCUUGGCACAAGUCACAGUUGGCUCUGUUCUUUGCCCUGUAUCUUCAUGACUUCUGAGCUCCAAGCCGGGUGAUUUCACGUAGCACAGUAUUUCCAUGGCUCCUCCACUGAGUGACCCACAGGAUUCCCCAUUGAUACAAUUCAGGUGAGAAGCUGUCUGGCUCUGUAGAAUAGACCUUAGGCUCCAAGGGAAGGUGUUCUGGUCUACCUGAAAUUUGCAUGGAGCUCAAAGCAGGGUGGGUAAUUACCUGAAUUGAAAGAGAACUUGGAGCCAGACGAAAGGACCUCUGAUCCUUGUAGCACCUUGUUUGGGGACGAAUACCUGGGGGUAUUUCCCACGGAGUGCCCCUUACGUUGAAUCUCUCCCCGUUGUCCAUGGGGAGAGAAUCAGUACUUGGGGUAACAAUAAUAUAGAGGGGCUUGGAGAGAGAUGAGAGAUUCAGAAAUGAGGGGCAGCCCAGUGGGACAGCUGGGCCCGAUUCAGCACCCUGCACCCUUCCUUAUUCUCCAGUAUCCUUGCACUGUCUUAAUAUUCUGAAGUUCAAACCCAUGGUCACGCCCAUUGGAAUAGAUUGACAGGCUUUGGCCCUGCCAAACUGAAUGGGACACCAUUCUGAAUUAUUUUUUUAACAUCUCAUUCUCAUUAGAGAUUGUAGGAUGUUGAAUCUUGUCAAAUAAAAAGCAUGAGACCUCGCCACCAGUACAGUCUGUGGGUGCUUUCUCCCCCAUCCCUGAAUCUGGAGCCACUGUUCAGUUCAGCUGGUGGCACUUACAAAGCACCUGUGGAGCACAUGCCAGCCCUGAGCCUGGCAUAGCAGUGCAGGUCAGGUAGCAUGAAGCGCUCAGGACCUGACAAGUGCUGCCAGUCUCUAGCUUGGAUAAGAAGUUUCUGAUUUCUCUCUGCCUCAGUAUGUUUUAUACACACACACACACACACACACACAUAUAUAUAUAAAUUAAUGCAGUGUUUGACACAGGAACACUUAUUUCACUUUUUAAAGAUUUAUUUAUGUAUUUGAAAUGCAGAGUGACAGAGGGAGGAACAGAGAGAGAAGAGAGAGAGAGAGAUCUUUCCAUCAACUGGUUUGCUCCUCAAAUGCCUACAACAGCCAGCUCUAGGCCAGCCCAAAACCAGGAGCCAGGAACUCCAUCCUGGUCUCCCACAAACUCGAGCCAUCAUCUGCUGCCCUCCAAGCACAUUAGCAGGAAGCUGGAUUGGAAGUGGGGUAGCCAGAACUUGGACCAGGCACUCUGAUAUGGGAUGCGGGCAUCCCAAGCUGUGUGUAACCCGCUGUACCACAAGGCUUGCCCCACACUUAUUAUUAUAGAGGUACAGGAAUUGCCCUACUCAAGGUCAAUCAGCAAUAAAAAAUAAUAGCUGCUUUUUAUAAAGUGCCUACGUGUUCUUGUCCAUUCUUGGUCCCCACGUUAGAGAUGCAGUAAAGAAACCUGGCUAUGCGUACGGAAGGCUUCACAGAGAGGUGACUCCCUAAAGCCGAGCCUGUGUGGGUGAGAGGCACAGGUGAUGAGGCCUCCUGGGGAAGAAGGGGCGGAGCCAAGGAGGGGAAGGUCACGGGAGGCAGAGAGAAGAGCAGGGACCCCGCCAGGGAGGCCUGGGAGAAUGCAGGGCAGGAAG